AUGGCUCUGACUGGUUUUGUUCAGGCAGCGAUUGCUGCGCAGAAGAGACAGGUGUCCCCCCCUGUCUCACACACCCGGGAGAGAGAACGGAUUGCCCUCACAGAGAAUGGCCAGCUCUGGAGCGAGCGCGAUGGCCCAGCAAACUGCACGUGUGGAGACACGAAGUUUGACCUGACGGGUCGUGGAAACCCGCUGGAGGCGCCUGAUGGCCACCUGUGGGGCCCUGCACCCUCGGUGGCUGCCGUUAGGUUUCAGGGGCUGACCGCUUCAAACGGUGCGGUGCUUGCAUGGACAGAGAAGGAGCUGUAUGGCUGGGGUUGCGGUCAGACUCUGAACCUGCGGGACAGAGAGGCCCUGUUUCUUCCGACAGUGCUCUGGAGACUGGAUGAACUGGACGACGACAGCAUUAUGCAUGUGGAGUUCGUGGAUCGUGCGACAAUCAUCAUAACACAGCGCGGGACGCAGGUGCCGCUUCCAGUGGGUAUUCGUCCAGUGUCGGUGGCACUGAGGGCCUACUCAGCCGACACCUGCGUCUUGGCUGAGGACGGCCGGUGCUUCGAGUUUGAUGGCACGAUCAAGGCGAUACUGAAGCCCUCGCACGCGUACUACGACGAGUACCACGGCCAGGGGGGCUUCGUGCAGCUCUACAUGCAGAAGCGCUCCGUUCAGCACAAGCGCAACCCGCCCACCGGCGGAGUCCGCCACAACCGGGAAGGUGGCUAUGCCGACUACCAGGUGGGCAUGUGCUACAUCUCCCCGAGCCAGCUCACCGUGGCAGCUCGGGGGGCCCGCACCGUCGCGCUCGCCGAACCCCGCGGACGCCGCUGGAAGAAGUGA